AUGGCAGCCGGUGAUAGAGAAUAUCUUUCUCUAAAAGUCAUGCGGCUAUCGCAGCCGUCUUGGGAUUCUAAUCCGUGGCCGCUGAUUUCUCUGAGGGAUCUAGCACGUGACGAUACCAACGCCGCCUUAGCUAGAGAAGAGGAGACGGUGAACGAAAAGUGGCUGUCAAGUGCGCACGCACUUCUCCUACCCGUAACGCAGGGGCGAGUAUUCAGUGGAGAAGUAUUUUCGGCCUACCUGAACAUUGCAAAUGCAUCCACUACUCAGGCAAACAAUGUGAAGCUGCAAGUUGAACUUUUCUUGGGGAAUUCACGUCAUUUACUAUUCGACAAUGCGGAGGAUCCUGUUCGGAUCUUGAAUCCUGAAGAUUCAUUCGACUGCACGAUUCAGCACCAGAUAGAGGAGUCAGGGACUUGCAUGCUCGUCUGCUCCAUCUCGCACUACAUUGCUCCAUCGUCGGAACCCAAAUCAUUCAAGAAGUCGUUCAGAUUUACCGCCCAAAGUCCAUUUAAUGUUUCGCACCGCAUUACGCAUCUGCAGGACAGAGCUCUUGUUGAGUGCACGCUUACCAACGUAUCUCAGCAGGCUGUAUUCCUGAACGAUGCUUCUAUACUCUGCGCCGAGGGUUUAGAAUGCACCCGCCUAGGAUGCGCUUCGCCUGCGGCCGAAUCCUUCUGCAAAGGAAUUCACAAUUUUCGGCCCAAAGAUUGCUACGCCGUGCUCUUCUCGCUCUAUCCUGCAAGUUCCCAGUCACUUCUAGAAAACCUGCCAAAGGCAAGCCAAAUUCCAAAUCUGGGGACGCUAACACUGCAGUGGCGCACAUCAACGGGAGGGGUUGGGACAUUAAGUGACUAUGAGCUGAUGAAUGCGCCGGAACCCAUGCAACCACUUGAAAUGCGGCUAGCGUCAUUCCCACCUUCAGUCGAGGUCGAUCGUCCGUUUACUGUGGAGUUGGAGGUCAUCAACAGGCUGCAGACGGAUUUGCAACUCAUGCUCUCCGUCGAACUUUCGGAACUCGAGCCUUUUGUUUUAGAAGGACCAAGGCAGCUGACUCUUGGGCCCGUCGGCCCCAGGUCUUCAAAGAAAUUCUCCUUUGAAUUGCUCUGCCUACAACCAGGAUUCCAUUCGUUGAGGGGCAUCCACGUCUACGACUCCACCAGCCAGCAGAGCACAGGCGUCAGCCCGCCCUGUCAUAUUCUAGCCUUCUAG